CAAUUUUAUGCAGUCGCGCUGUUUAAUAUAAAUUAGUUAAAGUGCAUUUCCUAAAUAUACCGACUUUUUUAACUCCAUUUGUUGCAUUGGAUCAACGAUCACCAUUGACGGUGGAUUCCUCUUGCCCCAAACGGAAAAAAUGCGAUAUGGAUCGAGAGCGCGAAAGAGAUGCAAAAGGCCUCGAGCCACGAGACUUGUCCUCGACGGGACGUAUUUAUGCUCGAAGCGAUAUUAAAAUAAGCGCUUCACCCACCGUUUCGCCAACGAUCUCAAACUCCUCAUCGCCCACACCGACUCCACCCGCCAGCUCCUCAGUGACGCCGCUGGGUCUGCCUGGCGCAGCCGUGACGCCGCUGAACUCCUUGAAUAGCGGCAGUGGCGGUCCGGGCAGUGCAGCAGCUGCGGCCAGUUCCUAUUUGCAUAACCACAAGCCCAUCUCGGGCAUACCAUGUGUGGCGGCCGCAUCGCGGUAUACGGCGCCGGUGCACAUCGAUGUGGGUGGCACGAUCUACACGAGCUCGCUGGAGACGCUUACCAAAUAUCCGGAGUCGAAGCUGGCCAAGCUCUUCAAUGGCCAGAUACCCAUUGUGCUGGACUCGUUGAAGCAGCAUUAUUUCAUCGAUCGCGAUGGCGGCAUGUUUCGCCAUAUAUUGAACUUUAUGAGAAACUCAAGACUACUGAUUGCCGAUGAUUUUCCUGACCUCGAGCUGCUGCUGGAGGAGGCGCGCUACUAUGAAGUUGAACCGAUGAUUAAGCAACUGGAGAGUAUGCGCAAGGAGCGUGUACGCAAUGGUAACUAUUUGGUGGCGCCACCCACACCCCCAGCCAGGCACAUUAAGAGCAGCCCAAGGACUAGCACAGCGCCCGAUUGCAACUAUGAGGUCGUCGCGCUGCACAUCUCCCCAGAUCUGGGCGAGCGCAUUAUGCUCUCGGCGGAACGGGCGCUGCUCGACGAGCUCUUCCCGGAGGCCAAUCAGGCGACGCAGUCGAGCCGCAGCGGCGUCUCCUGGAACCAGGGCGACUGGCGCCAAAUCAUACGCUUCCCACUCAAUGGCUACUGUAAGCUGAACUCGGUGCAGGUGCUGACGCGACUGCUCAAUGCCGGCUUCACCAUCGAGGCGAGCACCGGCGGCGGCGUCGAGGGUCAACAGUUCUCCGAGUAUUUGCUGGUGCGUCGCGUUCCCAUGUGAUAGGCUCGGCCCGGCUCGGCUGGACACAUUUUAAUUGUAAUCUAUGUGCGUGUGGCGCACUAAGGGGCGUGGUUUUGGGGGGCGGCUGCCUGCAGCUAGCAAAAAAGUAAAAGCAAAAGCAAACAAAAGCAAAAACAACAAAAUACAAAUUUCAAAAAUUCAAAU